AUGCAAGGUUCUUAGGAGUCAACUUAAAUUAAAUUAGUCGUAGUAGGAGAUGGAAGUGUCGGAAAGACAUGCAUACUUUUGAGUUACACAACAGAUAAAUUUCCCACAGAAUAUGUUCCUACAGUAUUUGAUAAUUACACUACGCAAUUAACUGUUGACAAUUAGAUGGUAAAUUUGAGUUUAUGGGACACAGCAGGUCAAGAAACAUACAAUAGACUAAGAACUUUAUCAUAUGGAUCAGCAGAUAUAUUCCUCAUAGUAUUUUCUGUGGCAGAUAGCAGUUCAUUUGAUAAUGUUUUGAGCAAGUGGUACCCUGAGUUAAAUCACGAUGAAUUAUAAAAAGUCCCAAAAAUCAUUGUUGGUAAUAAAAUAGAUAUGAGAGAGGAGAACAAUAGCAAACACAUUAAAAAGGCUUCUGCUGAGCAAGUUUUAUAAAAUCAAAACCUGCAAUAUUAUGAAUGUUCUGCAUUAACUUAGGAAGGUUUGAAGGUUGUAUUUGAUGAAGCUGUGAAAGAAGCAUUGAAAGCCAAAAAUGCGAAUAAAUCAGUGAAUAAGACUGGAAAUUAAAAAUAGGAGAUAAGUAAUGGAACCCAAAAGAAGGAGGAACCAUGUUGUAGCAUUUAUUGACAAUUUGAUUUACAUAAGUGAUAUCAUCCAUAUUUAAAUGAAAAUUAGUUUUCUA